CACCACAACCACAAUCACAUUAUUUAUUUUUUUUCCAAACACUAUAUACGGUUUUGACCAAAUAAAUUAUCCACAAUCACAGUAUUUAAACCUCAAAAAAUCGUGAAAACAGAAAACCAAAACAACACACACAUCAUCAUCUUCUACUAAUUUGUUCUGCUUCCGUAACAUUAACGUUGUUUCCGUGUCCGAAUACUAUGGACUCAUCCACUUUCUCCAAUUUCAGACCCUCUUCUCAUUCAAUUCCUCUCUCACAACAACCUUAUCAUCGUCUUCAAUUCUCUCCUCAUCAAUUUCUGAAAUUUAAACGGUUGGGUUUGGUUAAGAAUCGCUUAAUUGCUCGUUCUACUUCUUCUGGCUCUGAUCAAUCUGAUGGUGGUGGUGGUUCUCUUAAUGGAAUUCAGUUAACACCCAAUAAGCUUUUCUUGCAGGAGGCUAUUGGGGCUGAAUAUGGGGAAGGCUUUGAAACUUUUAGGGCAGAUGGACCAUUAAAAGUUGAUGUGGACUAUUUGAAUGAUAAGUUACAAGAUGGUAUUCUUCAACGCAUACGUUAUGCUAUGAAGCCAGAUGAAGCUUAUGGUCUUAUCUUCUCUUGGGACAACGUGGUGGCUGAUACUCGAGCUCUGAAGAGGAAGGCAUGGAACCAGCUGGCCUCUGAAGAAGGAAAGGAUAUUCCUGAAGAUGGUGAUAUUGAAAAGUUAAUGCUUAAUGCAGGUGCUGAUCAUGUAUUAAAUAAGCAUUUUCUCUCUGAUAAGGAAGAAAGUGAGCUGGAGAGACUGAAGUUGAGGUUUUCUCAAAUAUAUUAUGAUAAUCUUCUGAAACUUAAAAGACCAAUGAAGGGCGUGAAAGACUGGUUGGAAGCUGUUUAUACAGCUCGCAUCCCCUGUGCUGUUGUUUCAAGUCUUGAUAGAAAACAUAUGGUAAAAGCUUUACGACGAAUGGGGCUCGAUAAGUACUUUCAGGCAAUUGUGACAGAGGAGGAUGGGAUGGAGUCAAUAGCUCAUAGAUUCCUUUCUGCUGCCGUCAAGCUUGAUCGGAAACCUUCCAAGUGUGUGGUUUUUGAAGAUGAUCCCCGAGGAGUAACUGCUGCGCACAAUUGCACAAUGAUGGCUGUAGCAUUGAUUGGAGCUUAUCGCGCGUAUGAUUUAGAGCAAGCUGAUCUUGCUGUUGCUAACUUCAGUGAACUUUCUGUAAUCAACUUGAGGAGACUAUUUGCCAACAAGGGCUCUACAUUUAUGGACCUGCAGCAGCAGAUUAUAGAUAAAGCUCCUCCCAAAAGGAGACUUGGAAUAGACACCAUUUUCUAAAAUGUUUACCUGCCUAUUCUUUUUGUCCCCCUCUUCUAAUUUUCCUUGUAAUUAAGUCAUUAUUAUGCAGCAUAGAUUUUUCACCAUCCCUUUUUGCCUUGUUGAAAAUGGGAUAGGCUCUUGUUGUAUGAAGAUAAAUAUGGUUAUGAACUUUGGAGUCUGAAACAAACUAUGCUUGGAGGGGCCUUUGUGGUACCUGCACAGAGUGCACAUAAUUCCAAUAUAAUGUUUAUCAA